AUGAUGCUGCCUAAACGAAGCACAAUGCUGGUUCCAUUCCAAUGUUUUUCACUGCUAAUUGUUAGUGUAGCUCUGCUGAUGAGAACAGCUAACAGCUGUAUGUCUGAGGAAGAUAAGGUACAAAUUCCAGCCAUUGAUAAGCAAUAUUUGAUGGAACAGUUGGCAGCUCAAGGUAUGAACGAAGAAGAUGCCCAAAAUACAAUCGCUGAGUUACAAAACUUUUAUAGUGGUAUAAAACUUGGAAUGAAAAAUACUCCUACCGUCGUUGUUGAUACAGCGUGGCAUGCUCACAUAAUCAAUACUCAAAUGUAUUUCGACUUUACCGAGAACGUCUUCGGCCGAUAUCUCCAUCAUAAACCAAGAUGGAGUGGAAGUGUUGCUUCAGAGCUCCCAAUGCAAGAUGCGUACAGUGAUCUUCUUGCACUUGGAUUCAAAAACUUGAAUAAAACAAUAUGGUUUAGCGACACUGUUGUACCAUUGACACCGUACUCAGAGGUAUAUGAGCGUUCACUAGAACAGUGUGAAUUAUAG